AUGAUUGACAAAAGAAUAUUAGAGAAGAUAAUCUUUGUCGUAUCAUUCGAAGGUCAACAGAAAAAUUUUCAUUUCGACUAUCCUGAUGGAUAUGAAAUCGUAGUUCCACGAAAGGUCAAGUCCAAUGGGACGUUCGUGUCGCAUCAGAUACCGCAUCAUUUCAAACGUUCGUUUUAUGAGAAGAAUGUAGGAGAAACUAGAGCGAUGUCCGAAGACGAUGCGGUUCACUAUCGACUUCUACUUGGUCAGAAGGAACAUCACCUCGAGUUAUAUCCGAGUCAUCGAUUUUGCUCUCCUGGUGCCAUAAUCGAGGAACAUCGGACAGGCAAUGGUGAGGAUAAGAAACGUUUCCUUGACGAACUGCGAAUUCGACGAAUGAGAGAUAGACAAUGUCAUUAUCAAGGUCAUGUUAGAAACCAACCGGAUAUCAGUGCACUUUCUACAUGUUAUGGACUCGUAGGUUACAUAAAAACAAAGGACUCAUGGUACAUGAUCGAACCAAUCGAAGGACAUGAUUUCACGAAGGAAAUUGAACAUCCUCAUGUAGUUUAUAAAAAGGAUCCGAAGGAUAUUAAAACCAAUGAGAUUUCGUCGUGUAUAAAUUUCGAAGAUUUUAACAGGACUAUUAACAAACGUGAAUACAAUGAAUUCAUUAAGAAACGCGCCUUGAAUAACAAUAAUAAACAACAUGAUGGUCGUCCUAUGAGAUAUACUGUAGAAUUGUUAGUCGUUUUGGACAUUACACUUUUACAUCAAAAAUUCGACGUGGAAAAUUACGUAUUGACCAUGUUCAAUAUAGCUGCCAGUCUGUUUCACGAUAUAAGCUUAGGAUUCGAUAUGGAUUUGGCUAUAGUUAGGAUCAUACGACUCGAAGUAGAAGAAAACGAGGAUUUCCAGGAAUGA